UCUCACUGGAAUAGAAAAAGCUUUACAAAUAAGCAAAGACCGAUCAAACAUAUUCGUUUUUACCGACGCAUUUUCAAAAGAUGCUCACAAAAUUGGUGCCGUGGAAAACUUGUGUAGAAGUACCAAAAGUAAGGUGGUUAUACUGUUGAGCGGAUUUUGCUCGUCUCCCAACGUUGACGUACAAGUUUAUUUCGAUGUCGCCAAAGCUUGUUCUGGAGCUGUCCUGAGAUUUGAUGCCUUCAGUUUGCGACAGGCUUUUCCAUACAUGAAAGAAGUUAUCAACGUGAAGUGGACUGAUGUAACAACUUCGGAAACAUUUAUUGAAUACAAACAAAUGUCUUUUACAGUGGGCGCUUUCACAAAGACUGCUAUGAUAGUGGCUUCGGGAGAAAACCCAAAGGUCGAAAUAAGCGCACCAGAUAACUCCAGCAUUUCAGUAGAGAAAAUAGUGGACUUGAGGAACACUCAGGUUGUCCAGUUAAAGGAGGCAAAGGCUGGCGAUUACACGGUCAUAACCCGAAGUAGAGGGCCAACAUCUGUAACACUAUAUAAGAGUUAUAAAUUACCUGUGGAAUUCGGAUUUUCACCCAGAAUGCCAAGAAGUAUGAACGAAACGAGCGAAAAACCAAUGCCAGGUAGAAAGAACUAUAUCCUUAUAGACAACGCUCAUAGUAACAUGAAAUUGGAAAAGCUGGAAAUACAGUAUUCUAACGACUCGCGCAGAGAAACUUUGGAUAUUAAAGACACUGGCACCGAAGGCUUUUAUUGGACUGAAGUUCUAGUUGUAACCGAUACUACUUUCCGGAUUUGGAUCCAAGGACACGAUACAACAUCAUACCAAGAGAUAAAAGGUUGCACAGAAAUUAUCAUUCCACAACAAACAGGUAUGGGAUUUAGAAGAACAUCGCCAAAAUGUCAAAUUUUAGAUCAAAAUCCAUUGACUGUAGAAUUUGGUAAAAGCGCAACAAUCGCGUGCAAAGUAACUGGUUACCCGACUCCCAGUAUCUCGUGGAAUGAUGAUAACAUGGGCAUGAGCCUAUCGCCUGAGAACUUACUUCUAGAAAUACCAGCAUUAUACAUCAGUUAUGUCAACAUAGAAAACCCUACAACAAAUACAACUGUAUAUUGCAAACCAAGGAAUAUAGAAGGCGAAGACUUGUGCAGUUUAAACGUUUUUGUACACAGACCUUAUACUUUCAAUGUGAUACAGACUCCUACAGAUCAAAGCUUGGAAUACGGCAGUGAAGGUAAGCUGUACUGUGAGGUUUCCGCUUACCCAGAAGCUGUGAUCAAAUGGUACCAUAACGAUACUGAAGUUUAUGAAAGUGAUGAAAUUCAAGUUUUGAACGAAGAAAAGGCAUUGUGGAUCAAAAAUAUGACUUUAAACACCGUUGGCAAUUACAAAUGUGAAGUCAAAAAUGAAGCGAAUUUUAAAUCGUUCAGCGCUCUCGUCGAAAUAUCUGGGAUAGACCCACCAGAAGUAAAAGUGGAGAAAGAAAACAUUGUGCUAAAGCCAGGAGAUUGGAGUUCUUUGGAAUGCAGUAUAAUUAAAGGCAACCCCUCACCCACCAUAACUUGGACAUACAAAUCGGAAGACGCUUUUGACUUCAGCUCAUUGCCAGAUGGUGUGGUAGCAGAUAACGAUAGAUUAAAGAUAGGUGCAGCACAGAGUGAACAUAAGGGUGAUUAUAAAUGCACAGCUGAAAAUAUAGCUGGACAAUCUACAGCUGUUAUUACAGUACAACUUCAAUAUCCUCCAACAAUAUUAAGUAUGGAGAGCAAUACCCAGAUAGUUAAGGAAGAAGAUGAGGUAGCACUUCCAUGCAAUGCUACUGGCGCGCCUGCACCCACGGUGCGAUGGGAAAUGACACAAGAUGACGUCAUGGUUUUACUAGAUGAAAGACACCAUACGGACUCUCAAAACACUCACAGAUUUAAGGCGUUAUCGAGAGAUUCUGGCAAUUAUCACUGCAUAGCAGAAAAUGAUGUUGGAAGAGCAGAACUAACAAUAACAGUCGAUGUUCAAGUGGCUCCUUAUAUCGACCCUCCAAAGUCAAAACUUGUGAUCCUGAGGUCCGGUGACAGUGUAGUUCUGCCGUGCGAUGUCAAAUAUGGCAAUCCAGUGCCAACUGCAAAAUGGGUAUUCAUAGCAGUCGAUUCAACUACGAAGAUUAUAGCACGGAACAAGGCAGCGCGACCUCUACAUUUAACAAACGUCAAUUAUACGAAUGAAGGAACCUAUCUAUGUAUUGCAGACAAUGAUGUUGGCACAGAUAGUAUUAAAAUAUAUGUUAAGAUACAGUAAUUACACUGUAGCUAGCAUAAAUAAUAUAUCGCUUAUAAGGUAUUUGGCAAAAAACCGUUUAGUCCGUCACAGAUUUUCAAAAAAUAUUGGAUACGUGUUGUUUCUAUUACCUCGUAAAUAAAAUCUGAAAGAGACACACUUACCAGACCGCUUUUUACUAGCAAGUGAUGUUUCCAGCUCCCACUUCUAUACAUUUUAUCAUCUUAAGUGGUGGUACCUAAUUCUUUUUCACUUUUUAAUGAUAUUAUUUAUUAGUUUAAAGUCGCUCAGCGGGCUAUA